AUGAUUGACGUCGGAUCUUAUGGAAAAGAUAGCGAUGGAGGUAUAUUAUCAAAUUCAAAUAUUUUAAAACGUCUUGAAAAUAAAACUUUGAAGCUACCUUAUCCUAAAAAACUACCAAAUUCGAACUUAAUUGGUCCAUAUACUUUCAUUGCUGAUGAAGCAUUUCCUUUGAGAACAUACAUGAUGCGACCAUACCCAAGAAGGUUACUAAAUGAUGAAAAUAAAAGUUACUUCAAUUAUAGACUAUCCAGAGCACGAAUGACAAUAGAAUGUGCUUUCGGUAUAGCAGCAGCAAAAUUUAGAAUUUUGCAGAAGUCUAUAGAGACAAAGGUAGAUAAUGCUGAUCACAUUGUAAAAGCAAUAUGUAUGCUGCACAAUGUGAUUAUAGAUUUGGAAAAAAAAGGAGUAGCAAAUUAUAUGGACUCAGAUAUAUCAAACCAAAUUAAUAAUUUAUCCAGCGAUUUAGCAGUAAGUGUGAGAAAUAACAAAACAUCCAGAGCAGCAGAGAAUAUAAGAAGUAAUUUAAGCAUUUUUUUUUCCAAUAAUAAAUUGUGA